CUUUGGUUGCACAUCUGCCAGUUGAUUUCCCUGCUGAAGAUCUCGAGAAUUUUGUUGCUUGUCGUUCCCAACGUGUGUCACAAAUAAUUGAAUUUAUCAAGCAUUAAAUUGUUAAAAUUAAAUACAAUUAUUUAAAAUCUUUAAUUAAGCAUGGCUUCGAUCAGUUUAUUGAACCCAAAGGCUGAAUUUGCACGUGCUGCUCAGGCUUUGGCCAUUAACAUCUCAGCUGCAAAAGGCUUACAAGAUGUGAUGCGUACUAAUUUGGGACCGAAGGGAACCAUGAAAAUGUUGGUAUCUGGUGCAGGCGACAUCAAAAUCACCAAGGACGGCAAUGUUUUGUUGCACGAAAUGCAAAUUCAACAUCCAACAGCUUCUAUGAUUGCACGUGCCAGCACAGCACAGGAUGAUUCCACGGGUGAUGGCACCACAUCAACUGUCUUGCUUAUUGGCGAGCUGUUGAAGCAAGCCGAUAUUUAUCUUACCGAGGGACUGCAUCCACGUAUUGUAACAGAAGGCUUCGAAAAAGCACGUGGCAAAGCUUUGGAAGUACUGGACGCUGUUAAAAUUCCCAUUGAAAUCAACAAGAAGAAUUUGAUCGGUAUUGCCAAUACCAGCUUGCGCACCAAAGUACACCCAGCGUUAGCUGAUAUUCUCACUGAAGUGUGUGUAGAUGCUGUUUUGGCUAUACGUAAGGACGAUAAACCAGUUGAUUUGCACAUGGUUGAGCUGAUGGAAAUGCAGCAUAAGACUGCCACUGACACCAGUCUUAUUCGUGGUAUUGUCAUGGAUCAUGGCACGCGUCAUCCAGAUAUGCCAAAACGUUUGGAAAACGCUUAUGUGCUCACUUGCAACGUUUCAUUGGAAUAUGAAAAGUCGGAAGUCAACUCAGGAUUCUUCUAUAAGACCGCCGAUGAGCGUGAGAAGUUUGUACGUGCCGAACGUGAAUUCAUUGAUCAGCGUGUACAGAAAAUCAUUGCGUUGAAGCGUAAACUUUGCGAUGGCACUGAGAAAACCUUUGUUGUUAUCAAUCAGAAAGGUAUUGAUCCCAUGUCGUUGGACGCUUUGGCUAAGGAAGGUAUUAUGGCACUACGUCGCGCUAAGCGCCGAAAUAUGGAACGUUUGGCUUUGGCCUGCGGUGGUACUGCCAUGAAUUCCUUUGAUGAUUUGGAAGAAUCACAUUUAGGUUACGCUGGCGUAGUUUACGAACACGUACUUGGCGAGAACAAAUACACUUUUGUUGAGGAAUGCAAAAACCCACAAUCGGUGACCAUUUUGAUUAAGGGUCCCAAUAAGCAUACUAUUUUACAAAUUAAAGAUGCUAUUCGCGAUGGUUUACGUGCGAUUAACAAUGCGCUUGUGGAUAAGUGUGUUAUACCAGGAGCUGGCGCUUUCGAAGUACGCGCAUACAACGCACUCAAUAAAUACAAGGACACAGUUAAGGGAAAAGUACGUUUAGGAAUACAAGCAUUCGCCGAGGCUUUAUUGGUCAUUCCAAAGAAUCUCGCUAUUAAUAGCGGUUACGAUGCGCAAGAUACUAUUGUUAAAUUGACAGAGGAAGAUCGACUAAAUCCAGAACCAAUUGGCUUGGAUUUGUCCACGGGCGAACCAAUGAAACCUGUGGAUAUGCAUGUGUAUGAUAACUACUUAGUAAAGAAACAAAUAUUGAAUUCCUGCUCGGUAAUUGCCAGCAAUCUGCUGCUAGUGGAUGAAGUUAUGUGUGCCGGUAUGACAAGUUUGAAGGGUUAGUCGUGUUUGGCUGCAUACAACAAAUCAAUGUCUCAAUGAACAAUACCCGCAUUCGCUUCUAACAUAAUUUUUCUUCUAAUGUAUUAUUUGUUUACUAUUAAACAACUGCAAAUAGCUGAGUCCAAACUGCCGUUGACUCCUAGCGCUUUUUGAAAAUUACUUUUUAUUCGUACUAAGUCGGCGUAUGUCAACCAACUAAAUGAUUUAUAAAAUCACAACAGUUAUUAAUACUACAUAAAUACUUUUGUAUUAAACGAAUAAAAUGCAUUUUUUCUGAACUCGUAAA